GGAGUCGGGUGCGGCGGCGGCGGCGGCGGCGGCGGCGGCGGCGGCGGCGGCGGCUGGGCCGGGCGAGGUCCGGUGCAGGUCCGGCGGCUCCGCGGCUGCUCCGCUCUGAGCGCCUGGCUGGCGCGCCCCGCGUCCUCCCUGCCGGGGCCGCCGGGCCGGGGGAUGCGCGCGGCGCCUGGGAGCCAUGGUCCGCUUCGGGGACGAGCUGGGCAGCCGCUAUGGGGGCGCCGGUGGGGAGCGGGCUCGGGGCGGCGGGGCCGGCGGGGCGGGCGGCCCGGGCCCCGGGGGGCUGCAGCCGGGCCAGCGGGUCCUCUACAAGCAGUCGAUCGCGCAGCGCGCGCGGACUAUGGCGCUCUACAACCCCAUCCCGGUCAAGCAGAACUGCUUCACCGUCAACCGCUCGCUCUUCGUCUUCAGCGAGGACAACGUCGUCCGCAAAUACGCCAAGCGCAUCACCGAGUGGCCUCCAUUUGAAUACAUGAUCCUGGCCACCAUCAUCGCCAACUGUAUUGUGCUGGCACUGGAGCAGCACCUGCCUGACGGGGACAAGACACCCAUGUCUGAGCGGCUGGAUGACACGGAGCCCUACUUCAUUGGCAUCUUCUGCUUUGAGGCGGGGAUCAAGAUCAUAGCUCUGGGCUUCGUCUUCCACAAGGGCUCCUACUUGCGGAACGGCUGGAACGUCAUGGACUUUGUGGUGGUUCUCACAGGGAUCCUGGCCACAGCGGGCACUGACUUCGACCUGCGGACCCUGCGGGCUGUGCGUGUGCUCAGGCCCCUGAAGCUGGUGUCUGGGAUUCCGAGUCUGCAGGUGGUGCUCAAGUCCAUAAUGAAGGCCAUGGUCCCGCUUCUGCAGAUUGGGUUGCUUCUCUUCUUUGCCAUCCUCAUGUUUGCCAUCAUUGGCCUCGAGUUCUACAUGGGAAAAUUCCACAAGGCCUGUUUCCCCAACAGCACAGAUCCAGAGCCAGUGGGCGACUUUCCCUGUGGCAAGGAGGCCCCAGCCCGGCUGUGUGAGGGCGACACCGAGUGCCGGGAGUACUGGCCGGGACCCAACUUUGGCAUCACCAACUUUGACAAUAUCCUGUUUGCCGUCUUGACAGUGUUCCAGUGCAUCACCAUGGAGGGAUGGACUGACAUCCUUUAUAACACAAAUGAUGCAGCCGGCAACACCUGGAACUGGCUCUACUUCAUCCCUCUCAUCAUCAUCGGCUCCUUCUUCAUGCUCAACCUGGUGUUGGGUGUGCUCUCAGGAGAGUUUGCCAAGGAGCGUGAGAGGGUCGAGAACCGCCGGGCCUUCCUGAAGCUCCGCCGGCAGCAGCAGAUUGAGCGGGAGCUCAAUGGGUACCUGGAAUGGAUCUUCAAGGCUGAGGAAGUCAUGCUGGCUGAGGAGGACAAGAAUGCGGAGGAGAAGUCCCCUCUGGAUGCAGUGUUGAAGAGAGCAGCCACCAAGAAGAGCCGGAAUGACCUGAUCCAUGCCGAGGAGGGGGAGGACCGGUUUGCAGACCUCUGUGCUGUUGGAUCCCCCUUCGCCCGCGCCAGCCUCAAGAGUGGGAAGACAGAGAGUUCGUCAUACUUCCGUAGGAAGGAGAAGAUGUUCCGGUUCUUCAUCCGCCGCAUGGUGAAGGCACAGAGCUUCUACUGGGUGGUGCUGUGUGUGGUGGCCCUGAAUACGCUGUGCGUGGCCAUGGUUCACUACAACCAGCCGCAGCGGCUCACCACGGCGCUGUACUUUGCAGAGUUUGUUUUCCUGGGUCUCUUCCUCACAGAGAUGUCCCUGAAGAUGUAUGGCCUGGGGCCCAGAAGCUACUUCCGGUCCUCAUUCAACUGCUUCGACUUUGGGGUCAUUGUGGGGAGCAUCUUUGAAGUGGUCUGGGCCGCCAUCAAGCCGGGAACCUCCUUCGGGAUCAGCGUGCUGCGGGCACUCCGGUUGCUGAGGAUCUUCAAAGUCACAAAGUACUGGAGCUCCCUGCGGAACCUGGUGGUGUCUCUGCUCAACUCCAUGAAGUCUAUCAUCAGCCUCCUUUUCCUGCUGUUCCUGUUCAUCGUGGUCUUUGCCCUGCUGGGCAUGCAGCUGUUUGGGGGACAGUUCAACUUUCAAGAUGAGACCCCGACAACCAACUUUGACACCUUCCCCGCGGCCAUCCUUACCGUCUUCCAGAUCCUAACAGGAGAGGACUGGAAUGCAGUGAUGUAUCAUGGGAUCGAAUCGCAAGGUGGAGUCAGCAAAGGCAUGUUCUCCUCUUUUUAUUUCAUUGUCCUGACGCUGUUUGGAAAUUACACUCUGCUGAAUGUCUUCCUGGCCAUCGCUGUGGACAACCUCGCCAACGCUCAGGAGCUGACCAAGGAUGAAGAGGAGAUGGAAGAAGCAGCCAAUCAGAAGCUUGCUCUGCAAAAGGCCAAAGAAGUGGCUGAAGUGAGCCCCAUGUCUGCCGCAAACAUCUCUAUUGCUGCUGCUUUUGUAAAGCACACGCGAGGUGCUGCAUCUCACAGCUCAUCUGUCUCCAGCAUAAACUCACCCAGGCCGCAGAACUCGGCCAAAGCACGCUCGGUCUGGGAGCAGCGGGCCAGCCAGCUGCGGCUGCAGAACCUGCGGGCCAGCUGCGAGGCGCUGUACAGCGAGAUGGACCCCGAGGAGCGGCUGCGCUACGCCACCACGCGCCACCUGCGGCCGGACAUGAAGACGCACCUGGACCGGCCGCUCGUGGUGGAGCUGGGCCGCGACGGGCCGCGGGGCCCCGCGGGGGGCAAGGCCCGGCCCGAGGGCGCGGAGGCCGGCGAGGGCACGGACCCGCCCCGCAGGCACCACCGGCACCGCGACAAGGCCCCGGCAGCGGCCCCGGCGGCGGCGGCGGAGCAGGACAGGGCGGACGCCCCGAAGGCCGAGGGCGGGGAGUCCGGGGCCCGGGAGGAGCGGGCGCGGCCGCACCGCAGCCGCAGCAAGGAGGCCCGGAGCGAGCGCGGCCGCGGCCCGGGCCCCGAGGGCGGCCGGCGCCACCACCGGCGCGGCUCCCCGGAGGAGGCGGCCGAGCGGGAGCCCCGGCGCCACCGCGCCCACCGGCACGCACCCGACCAGGGCAAGGAGGGCGCCGCGCCCGGGACCAAGGGCGAGCGGCGAGCGCGCCACCGCGGCGGCCCCCGGGCCGGCCCCCGGGAGGCCGGCAGCGGCGAGGAGCCGGCGCGGCGGCACCGGGCCCGGCACAAGGCGCUGCCCACGCACGAGGACGCAGAGAAGGAGGGCGAGGUCGAGGACAGGGACAAGGAGAAGGAGCUCCGGAACCAUCAGCCCAAGGAGCCACGCUGUGACCUGGAGGCCAGUGAGAUGAUGGGUGUGGGCCCUGUACAUGCACUGCCCAGCACCUGCCUACAGAAGGUGGAGGAACAGCCAGAAGAUGCAGACAAUCAGCGGAAUGUCACACGGAUGGGCAGUCAACCCUCGGACCUGAGUGCCACUGUGCAUAUCCCGGUGACGCUGACCGGCCCUCCUGGGGAGACCACGGUUGUUCCCAGUGGUAAUGUGGACCUGGAAAGCCAAGCUGAAGGGAAGAAGGAGGUAGAAGCCGAUGACGUGAUGAGGAGUGGCCCCCGACCUAUCGUCCCGUACAGCUCCAUGUUCUGCUUAAGCCCCACCAACCUGCUCCGCCGCUUCUGCCAUUACAUCGUGACCAUGCGGUACUUUGAGAUGGUCAUUCUUGUGGUCAUCGCCCUGAGCAGCAUUGCCCUGGCAGCCGAGGAUCCUGUGCGGACAGACUCGCCCAGGAACAACGCUCUGAAAUACAUGGACUACAUUUUCACAGGCGUCUUUACCUUUGAGAUGGUGAUAAAGAUGAUUGAUUUGGGACUGCUGCUGCACCCUGGGGCCUACUUCCGGGACCUGUGGAAUAUUCUGGACUUCAUCGUGGUCAGUGGGGCCUUGGUGGCAUUUGCCUUCUCAGGAUCCAAAGGGAAAGACAUCAACACCAUCAAGUCCCUGAGAGUCCUGCGCGUCCUGCGGCCCCUCAAGACCAUAAAACGGCUGCCUAAGCUUAAGGCCGUGUUUGACUGUGUGGUGAACUCCCUGAAGAACGUCCUUAACAUCCUGGUUGUCUAUAUGCUCUUCAUGUUCAUAUUUGCUGUCAUUGCGGUGCAGCUCUUCAAAGGGAAGUUUUUCUACUGCACGGAUGAGUCCAAGGGGCUGGAGAGGGACUGCCGGGGUCAGUAUUUGGAUUAUGAGAAGGAGGAAGUGGAAGCUCAACCACGGCAGUGGAAGAAAUACGAUUUUCACUAUGACAACGUGCUCUGGGCUCUGCUGACACUGUUCACAGUGUCCACGGGAGAAGGGUGGCCCAUGGUCCUGAAACACUCUGUGGAUGCCACCUACGAGGAGCAGGGCCCAAGCCCCGGGUACCGCAUGGAGCUAUCCAUCUUCUAUGUGGUCUACUUUGUGGUCUUCCCCUUCUUCUUUGUCAAUAUCUUUGUGGCCUUGAUUAUCAUCACCUUCCAGGAGCAGGGGGACAAGGUGAUGUCUGAGUGCAGCCUGGAGAAGAACGAGAGGGCUUGCAUUGACUUUGCCAUCAGCGCCAAGCCCCUGACACGGUACAUGCCCCAGGACAAGCAGUCGUUCCAGUACAAGACGUGGACGUUUGUCGUGUCUCCGCCCUUUGAGUACUUCAUCAUGGCCAUGAUUGCCCUCAACACGGUGGUGCUGAUGAUGAAGUUCUACAAUGCACCCUAUGAAUACGAGCUGAUGUUGAAAUGCCUGAACAUUGUGUUCACAUCCAUGUUCUCCAUGGAAUGCGUGCUGAAGAUCAUCGCCUUUGGGGUGCUGAACUAUUUCAGAGAUGCCUGGAAUGUCUUUGACUUUGUCACUGUGUUGGGAAGUAUUACUGAUAUUUUAGUAACAGAGAUUGCGAACAACUUCAUCAACCUCAGCUUCCUGCGCCUCUUCCGUGCUGCCCGGCUCAUCAAGCUGCUCCGCCAAGGCUACACCAUCCGCAUCCUGCUGUGGACCUUCGUCCAGUCCUUCAAGGCCCUGCCUUACGUGUGUCUGCUCAUCGCCAUGCUUUUCUUCAUCUAUGCCAUCAUUGGCAUGCAGGUAUUUGGAAAUAUUGCCCUGGAUGAUGACACCAGCAUCAACCGGCACAACAACUUUCGAACAUUUUUACAAGCCUUGAUGCUGUUGUUCAGGAGUGCCACUGGGGAGGCCUGGCAUGAGAUCAUGCUGUCUUGUCUCAGCAACCAGGCCUGUGAUGAGCACGCCAAUGCCAAUGAGUGUGGGAGCGACUUUGCCUACUUUUACUUCGUCUCCUUCAUCUUCCUUUGCUCCUUUCUGAUGUUGAACCUCUUUGUGGCCGUGAUCAUGGACAAUUUUGAGUACCUUACACGGGACUCUUCCAUCUUAGGGCCUCACCAUCUGGACGAGUUCAUCCGGGUCUGGGCUGAGUACGACCCGGCCGCGUGUGGGCGCAUCAGUUACAAUGACAUGUUUGAGAUGCUGAAACACAUGUCCCCGCCCCUGGGGCUGGGGAAGAAAUGCCCUGCUCGAGUUGCAUACAAGCGCCUGGUUCGCAUGAACAUGCCCAUCUCCAAUGAGGACAUGACUGUCCACUUCACGUCCACGCUGAUGGCCCUCAUUCGGACCGCACUGGAGAUCAAGCUGGCUCCAGCUGGCACAAAGCAGCAUCAGUGUGAUGCAGAGUUGAGGAAGGAGAUUUCCUCCGUGUGGGCCAAUCUGCCCCAGAAGACCCUGGAUUUACUGGUGCCACCUCAUAAACCUGACGAGAUGACAGUGGGGAAAGUCUAUGCAGCUCUGAUGAUAUUUGACUUCUACAAACAGAACAAGACCACCAGAGACCAGAUUCACCAGGCCACUGGAGGCCUAUCCCAGAUGGGCCCUGUGUCCCUCUUCCACCCUCUGAAGGCCACCCUGGAGCAGACACAGCCGGCCGUGCUCCGAGGAGCCCGGGUGUUCCUUCGGCAGAAGAGCUCUGCGUCCCUCAGCAACGGUGGGGCAGUACAAACUCAAGGGAGUGGCAUCAAGGAGUCUGUUUCCUGGGGCACUCAGAGGACCCAGGAGGUACCCUAUGAGGCAAGGACACCCCUGGAGCGUGGCCACUCUACAGAGAUCCCAGCGGUGCAUCCGGGAAAACCGGCUGUUGAUGUCCAGAUGCAGAGCAUGGCCCUGAGAGGUCCUGACGGGGAGCCCCAACCUGGGCUGGAGAGUCAGGGACGAGCGGCCUCCAUGCCCCGCCUGGCUGCAGAGACCCAGCCGGCCCCUGACGCCAGCCCCAUGAAGCGCUCCAUCUCCACGCUGGCGCCCCAGCGCCCCCAUGUGGCUCAUCUCUGCAACGCUGCCCUGGACCGCGCCCCAGCCAGCCAGGCUGUGCCCCACCACCACCACCGCUGCCACCGCCGCAGGGACAGGAAGCAGAAGUCCCUGGAGAAGGGGCCCAGCCUGUCCGCAGACGCAGAUGGCGCACCCAGCAGUGCUGCAGGGCCGGGGCCACCCCCGGGAGAGGGGCCCACAGGCUGCCGGCGGGAGCGUAGGCAGGAGCGUGGCCGGUCCCAAGAGCGGAGGCAGCCCUCUUCCUCCUCCUCGGAGAAGCAGCGCUUCUACUCCUGUGACCGCUUUGGGGGCCGUGAGCCCCCGCAGCCCAAGCCCUCCCUCAGCAGCCACCCCACAUCACCGACAGCCGGGCAGGAGCCAGGACCCCCGAGACAGGGUGGUGGUUCAGUGAAUGGGAGUCCCUUGUUGUCAACAUCCGGUGCUAGCACCCCUGGCCGUGGUGGGCGGAGGCAGCUCCCCCAGACUCCGCUGACCCCCCGUCCCAGUGUCACCUACAAGACGGCCAACUCUUCCCCUGUCCACUUCGCUGGGGCGCAGACCAGCAUCCCCACCUUCUCCCCUGGCCGGCUUAGCCGUGGCCUUUCUGAACACAACGCCCUGCUCCAGAGAGACCCCCUCAGCCAGCCUCUGGCUGCUGGCUCUCGGAUCGGCUCCGACCCUUACCUGGGGCAGCGUCUGGACAGUGAGGACACUGUCCGCGCCCAGCCUGAGGACACGCUCACCUUCGAGGAGGCUGUGGCCACCAACUCGGGGCGCUCCUCCCGGACUUCCUAUGUGUCCUCUCUGACCUCCCAGUCCCACCCCCUCCGUCGCGUGCCCAAUGGCUACCACUGCACUCUGGGACUCAGCUCGGGCGGCCGGGUUCGGCACAGCUACCACCACCCCGACCAAGACCACUGGUGCUAGCUCGCUGCACCGCCUCCACCACACACCUGCUCAGCGGGCGCGUUCCAGUCGAUGAGUUUUAUCAUCCACGCUGGGCUCCCAGGGACGCUCAGGGGCACCAAUGCGGGGGCAGCAGCCCCUGGGAGGAGGGGCCUCGCCUUUGGGGCCAGCUGGGGGGAGGCCCCGCUGCUCCCCCCCUCCUCUUUGACGCUGGACCAAUUCCUAAAGCCCUUUUGGAGAGGGACGUGGCUCUCCCUAUCCCCUUGUAUGCUGCCUGCCUGGGUCUCAUACCACAGACCCUACACGGGAAGUGGCUGCAUGUGCUGAGUAGGACCCUGCCAGUCUGAAUCCUGUGUGAUGGAUCCCAGCAUCUGGGGUGUGUGCCUAGAGCCAUUUUUAGGAGGUCUGAAUCUUGUGGAGACCAUCCUUUAUUCAAGUGUGUGGUACAGAGGAGCCCAGCGUGUUUAAGAGCCUGGCAAGACAACACAGUUGACAGUCAACAGCAGCAGCCUUGGGAGCCUGCUUUUGGCUCCAUGCAAGUCUUGUCCGCGCCCACAAACACACACAUGUGUGGCAUUGCCCUUUGUACCUGGGACAGCAAAUGGACACUAGAAGUACACUCACACACUCUCUGUCCUCUCCCAGAUGCUGUCAUCCCUGACAGGGACCAAAUCUGGAAACCAU